AUGCUGGCCUUCGGUUCCUUAUUCCGAGAAAUCCGCCGUUGGACCGAUACUUUCACCGAUGAGGUUCCCGGCGCAAGUUUACUCAUGUUGGCGGACCUGCAGGAGGAACGAGGAAUGUCCAUCCUGGACGAGCGUUUCGGAGACUCUCUGGAAUGCCGUUUUCCAUUGUUCGAGUUCUUGAAACCAGCGAGUCUGCCCCUGAUGGUCUUGUUGUACCUAUGCAUGAUGUGUGCUCUCGUGUGCGUCGUCCUGGGCUUCGCUUAUAAAUAUUCUCUCUCUGUCUACACUGCCAUCUACUGGUACAUUUUUCUUGGAGAUAAAACUCGCUGGAACAAUCACAGUUACCUGUACGGUCUUCUCUCGAUCAUUCUCCUGACCUCUUCUGCGGAUAAAUGUCUGAGUUUGGUUGCACCAUCGAUCUCAAACACUGUGCCCAGGUGGAAUUAUCUAUUCUUGAGGCUGCAGAUAUUUCUCGUUUAUUUCUACGCCGGCAUAAAGAAGUUCGACGCGGACUGGCUGGGGGGCUAUUCGAUGCGAGGUUUAGGAUACCAUUGGGUUUGGUCUCCACUAAGGUGA